AUGGUGAGCGCCUUGGCAGGGGUGAUGACCUCUGUCAUCGGCAAGCUCACCACUCUGCUUGGGGAGGAGUACUCAAAGCUGAAAGGUGUGCACAGGGAGGUGGAAUUCAUGAAAGAUGAGCUGAGCAGCAUGAACGCACUCCUUCAGAGGCUGGCAGAGGUGGACCGUGAUCUUGAUGUGCAGACAAAGGAAUGGAGGGACCAAGUUCGGGAGAUGUCUUAUGACAUCGAGGAUUGCAUAGACGACUUUAUGAAAAGCCUUGGCCAAACUGACAUUGCUAAGAGAGCAGGGCUUGUCCAAAGUGUGAUCCAGCAGCUCAAGGCGCUGAGGAUGCGCCAUCAAAUAUCCAGCCAAAUCCAGGGGCUCAAGGCACGUGUUGAAGAUGCAAGCAAGCGACGUAUGAGGUAUAAGCUCGAUGAGCGCACCUUUGAGUGUGGCAUCUCAAGGGCCAUUGACCCUCGUCUUCCUUCGCUCUAUGCUGAGCCAGACGGGCUUGUCGGUAUUGACAAGCCAAGAGACGAGCUCAUCAAGUGCCUAAUGGGGGGGGUGGGUGCAUCGGUGCAGCAGCAAAAGGUGAUAUCUAUUGUGGGUCCUGGGGGCCUCGGUAAAACUACACUUGCGAAUGAGGUGUACCGUAAACUGGAAGGCCAGUUCCAGUGUCGAGCUUUUGUUUCUUUGUCGCAGCAGCCUGAUGUGAAGAAGAUCCUAAGAAGUAUACUCUCUCAAGUCAGCCAGCAGGAGUACGCUAACAUAGAUGUUUGGGAUGAGGAAAAGCUCAUCAAUGCAAUCCGAGAAUUUCUAAAGAACAAAAGGUAUUUCGUCAUCAUUGAUGAUAUUUGGAGUAAUCAAGCAUGGAAGAUUAUCAAGUGUGCUUUGUUUCCAAAUGAUGUUGGGAGCAAAAUAAUGACAACAACUUGCAGUAUUACUAUAGCCAAAUUAUGUUGCUCUCCUCAGCAUGAUCAUGUCUAUGAAAUAAUGCCUCUUACUGAAGCCAACUCUAAGAGUUUAUUUUUGAAACGUAUAUUUGGCUCGGGAGAUAUGUGCCCUCCUAAGUUGGAAGAAGUCUCCUCGGAGAUAUUGAAGAAAUGUGGUGGUUCACCCUUGGCGAUUAUUACAGUGGCUAGCUUGCUGGCUAAUAAAGCUAGUACAAAUGAAGAAUGGGAGAGGGUAUAUAACUCAAUCGGUUCGACACUGGAAAAAGAUCCCGGUGUAGAAGAAAUGAGAAAAACAUUAUCCCUCGGAGGACUGAGUAUAUUUCCAGAAGACUGA